UAUCUUGCAACUAUAUUUCUUUUUCGAGUGUCGCUUGGAAUGUACGUGCGUUAGUUGUGAAAAUUUCGAUCAUUCGAAAAAUCAUGCUGAAAAAUUAAAAUACAGUACAUAGUAUUUCAUAAAAACAAUAUUUUUGAAGAAAAAAAUCGAAAUGAAAUUCAACCAGCAAAUAUCGACCAUUUUUCUGAUAUUCGUGAUUCAACUGAAUUUGGGACUAUGCAAACGAAUCAGGAAGCGGCAAAUCUAUAGAGAACAAGUUCAGCCGCACACAGGUGGUAAAAUUCCGGAGUCAGCAUUUGAAACAGAUCGUCUUUUACUGAACCGACUGCAGAAGGAAGGAAUCGCUGUGCCCGAUGGAAUUAUGUUGGAACAAAGAAAUCCAAAGGUUUUUCCAUAUUCGCAUAAUGAUUUGCGACCUGUGUUCAAAGUGCUUGCAACUUCGGAUAAUCGGUUCACGGGUGAUGCUGGUGAUAUUUUUCAAACUAUAUCACCAGUUGGCAACUAUGAAACGACUUAUCCAAUUCCUCGCAUCACUGAAGAUACACUACAACAAGCUCCAGUUCAAACAACAAUAUAUCAUCCAAUCUAUAAAACUUUCCUUCUGCCAAAUCCAUAUCUUCAAGAUCCAGCUCUUGCAGCCGUACCACAAAAAGACUUUCAUGCGCCAUUUACAAGUUUUCGUCAAUCGAUGCAAUCACCAUUAUCAAUCAUGAGCUUUGAAAAGUCAAAUCAUAAAUACCCGCACUAUCAUUCUACACUCAAAUAUAUUCAUGAAGAUUAUGUCACCUCACAGGUAAACAUACAUAAUAUUAUUACAUACAUAUCCUCAGAACAACUUCUCUAUUUAUUCUUUUUUAUACAAAAGACCUACGGAACAUUGUAUCAACAACCGGCGCAAUACUUGCAGCAUCAAGAUCAUCUCCAUAAAGAAAAGGAACAGGAUUUGCAUAAGAUCCCCGGGAUUCCAGGCCAUGACUACCCAAUAUACCACGAAGUUCCGCCCACAAACUUUCAUUGCGGAAAUGUCCCUGCUGUACCUGGAAUGUAUGCCAAUGUAGAAACUGGCUGCCAGGCAUACCACGUGUGCCACGACGGUCGCGAAGGUCACCAAGGCGCCUCUUUCUUAUGCACAAAUGGAACAAUUUUUAGUCAAAAGGAGUUUACAUGUGAUUGGUGGUACAACGUUGAUUGCGCUGAAUCUACCUCUUUCUAUCAUUUGAAUGCCGAUCCAAAUCAUAAUCCAUAUUUUCCCAAGAAGAAAGCUGAACCUAUUCACGAAGAUGGAAAAUUCUACAUACAUUAAAAUAUUCAAAUGUUUCAUUUUUACUGCAUUUUAUUUAUUUACCCAUAUAAAAGAAUAAAAUGUAUUUCGGAA